AGUACAUAUUGACAUGGGCAGCGUCUCAAUGACCAAUACAAGGCAUUUUGGCUUUUGGGAGAGAAACUGCUAGGCAAGUGGAGUAAAACUAAUCUGCAAAAAGUAAGCAUGUGGAUUUUCGGGUGGAAAGGACCGUCUGGGUUCUCUGCUUCUUCUACAGCAGAGGAAGUUACUCAAGGGAUUGACGGAACUGGUCUCACUGCCAUUGUUACAGGAGCAUCAAGUGGUAUUGGUGUAGAGACAACACGUGUUCUUGCAUCGCGUGGUGUCCAUGUGGUUAUGGCAGUAAGGAAUGUGGUUGCUGGUAGGAAUGUCAAAGAAGCAAUACUCAAAGAAUUACCUGGUGCUACAAUUGAUGUGAUGGAGUUAGAUCUGAGCUCAAUGGCAUCAGUAAGGAAAUUUGCAUCAGAAUAUCAGUCCUCAAGUCUUCCCUUAAAUCUCCUCAUCAACAAUGCAGGGGUUAUGGCAACUCCUUUCAUGUUAUCCCAUGACAACAUAGAACUGCAGUUUGCGACCAACCAUUUAGGUCAUUUUCUUUUAACAAAUCUUUUGUUAGAAACUAUGAAAAAUACAGCACGUGAAAGCAACAGAGAAGGAAGGAUUGUAAAUUUAUCUUCAGAAGGUCACCGGUUUGUGUAUCGUGAAGGAAUUCGUUUCGAUAAAAUCAAUGAUGAAUCAGGAUACUUUAGUUGGUUUGCUUAUGGGCAGUCAAAGCUUUCUAACAUAUUGCAUGCUAAGGAGCUUGCUAGGCGCCUGAAGGAAGAAGGGGUGGAGAUUACUGCAAAUUCAGUUCAUCCUGGAGCAAUUAUGACCAAUCUUAUGCGCCACCAUGGUUUUAUUAACAGCAUUGGCCAUAUGGUUGGCAAAUAUUUCCUAAAAAAUAUUCCACAGGGAGCUGCCACUACAUGCUACGUGGCUUUACAUCCACAAGUUAAAGGUGUUAGCGGAGAAUAUUUUAUGGACAGCAACAUAGGCAAUCCAAGCUCUAAGGCUAAAGAUGCAGACUUGGCAAAAAGGUUAUGGGACUUCAGCUUGACCUUGACCAAUACCAAGUAGUUGGUUGAGAAGGCCUUUCGAAGAGGAGUCUCGUUGCUUUCUGGCUUGAUUGCUUGGUCGCUGAGUCGAAAGUAUAUUAUUAGACUUGGGGUUAUAGAAGUUUGCAGUUUAAUGCCUGUACUCUUGAACCAAAACUGUGAAAAACAACAAUAUUUCAUAUUAUGCAGGGGGCUAGGGAUUGAUCUAUCUGAAAAUGAUGAGAUUGUAGUAGUUGCAACAGCUAGUUCUUAUUCAUGAUUUGACUACAUGAAUCUGAAAACUAGUCCUUAUAUUAGGUUGUGGCCGGUACAGCUGAAUUUUGAGGAAAGAAAGAGAUCCCAUCCAAAGAAGGUAAACUAAGUGUUUCUGGUACUAGAAAAGUAUAGCAAGAUCUGAAGAACAGUGGUAAACUAUAAAAAUCAUGACCAGUGUUCUCUGUUCACUGCUGCUAAAGUACAUUAAGUUUUGAUCCAGCGGAAAUGGCACGUAUAUGUAGUUUUGUUCA